AUGUUGCGAGCGCUCGCGCUGGCCGCGCUGGCGCUGGAGCGCGCGCAUGCCUUCGGCGACGUGCGCGAGCUGAACGACGAGACCUUCGACAGCGUCGUCGACGGGUCCGCGCACGUGCUCGUGGAGUUUUACAAGCCGGAUUGCGGCCACUGCCAGACCAUGGAGCCCGAGUUCUACAAGACCGCCGAGGCCCUCGAGUUCGAGAGCGACGUCAUCCUCGCGCGCGUCGACACGGAGGAAUCGCCCAAGGUCGGCAAGCGCUUCGCCAUCGACGGCCACCCGAUCUUCCGCUGGUUCAAGAAGGGCGGCGUCGCCGACGACAAGUUCUACUUCGUGCACUACAGCGGCCGCAUGGCGAACACGUUCCUGAAGAUGAUCGGCGAGCGCACGGGCGGCGAGUACCCGAAGCUCGACAUCGAGGUGUCCAAGGUGCGCAAGAUCAAGUCCGACGACUUCGAGAGCGUCGUCCUCGACCCCGCGAGGCACACGCUCUGCGCCAUGUACACGCCCUGGACGGAGUCCAAGUUCGUCGUCGAGGCCCUCGACGGCGUCGCGAAGAUCGCGUCCAUGGCCGGCGCGAACGUCGACGUCGUCAAGAUGGGCAUCGACCGCGUCUACGAGCGCGACGUCGCCGACAAGUACGACUGCAAGGGCUACCCGUGCUACUUCCUCUUCAAGGCCGGCGCGCCGGCCGACGCGACGCCCGUGCGCUACGAGGGCGCCGACGACGAGGUCGAGCGCUUCGUCGAGUUCGUCAACAAGGAGACGGGGCUGGACCUCGAUCCCCUGGCGACGACGCGCAAGGUCGAGAUCGGCCGCGUCGCCAAGCUCGACGCGCUCCUCGGCGGCGACGACGCCGCGGCGACGCUCGAGGCCGCCGCCGCCUACCUCCCGGCGGACCAGGAGGCCUACGGCGCCUACUACGUCAAGGUCGCGAAGAAGCUGGCGGACGGCGAGGCGCCGUCGUACCUCGCGGACGAGAUCGCGCGCAUCGCCAAGCUCCUCAAGGACACGAGCCUGUCCUCGGCGAAGCGGAAGGACUUCUCCGCGCGCAAGAACAUCCUCAACGCCUUCGCCGUCGCCGCGACGGCCGCCAAGGCCCACGGCGGGGAGCUCUGA